UGCCUGAACACAAACCGGAACACCCUUGCCUGGAGACCAUAGAAGGCGACCUUUCUCCUGGCAAGGGAAGUUAGAUAGCCUGACCUCUCAGGGCUAGGGCAAGGCCAUGGCGGGAAAGAUGGGGCAGAAGCAAGUUCAGGACGAAGUUCAUCAGAACCAGAUCUUGCGGGAGCUAUUCCUCAAAGAGCUGAGGACGCAGAAGCUGUACACGCAGUAUCAUGUGAAUCCCCUGCGCAAAGUUCACCCAAUUUCCAGGAAGCCCAUGUCUUGGCACGAUAACUUGGAGGAGCCUGCAGAUAUUAAGUUCCUGAACCUCAUUCACCAUGCUGCACAGGGUCCAAGGAAGAAAUAUUCAGAGACCCAGACUGAAGCCCAAGAAAUCGGAUGGGAACCACAUCCCUUGAUCGACCCAGAUCGCCAGGACCACAGGCUGAACCACUUCAAGGUCUACCGUGACAUCACCUUGUACAAGGCUAAACUGUGGAGCUUGGGGGAGGAUGUCCACGAGAAAAAGUAGUGUUCUCUUGGCGGAGUGAGCCUGCGCACCGAAUUCCCAAGGUGUGCAUUGCCUAGAGAAAUAAAUGCCGCCUUUGUUGAAAAUUACACAAGACAUAUUUCACAG